AUGUCUUCUCCGCAGCAACGGUUAUCUUCUAUCUCUAAGCAGCUGUCCCCCGAGAGCGUGUCGGCGGCCAAGGCUAAGAUUCUCGCAAAGAACCCCGACGAUGUGGUCAUCACAUAUCUCGCCCGUACGCCGCUCACCAAGGCGCGCAAGGGUGGCUUCAAGGACACCACUGUCGAUAACCUCCUGAUCUCCCUCCUCACCGCUGUCCGCGAAAACUCCAAUAUCGACCCCAACCUCGUCGAGGAUGUCUGCGUCGGCAACUGUCUCGCCCAGGGCUCCGCCUACAUCGCCCGCUCCGCCGUCCUGGCCGCCGGUUUCCCAGUGUCCACCGCCGCCUCCGUAUCCAACCGCUUCUGCUCCUCCGGCCUCCUCGCCAUCCAAAACAUCGCCAACCAGAUCAUCGCCGGCUCCAUCGAUGUCGGUAUUGCCGUAGGCGCCGAGAGCAUGAGCACCAACGCCGACGGCGGUGCCCCCAAGAUGGCCGAGGGUAUCAACGAGCACCCCAUCGCUUCGCAGAAUUACAUGCCUAUGGGUCACACUUCCGAGAACGUCGCCUCGCAGUUCGGUAUCACCCGCGAGCAGCAUGAUAAGUUCGCUGCUGGCAGUUACCAGAAGGCUGAGCGGGCGCAGAAGGCUGGUUGGUUCGAGGAUGAGAUCGUGCCUAUCAAGACGCAGAUCAAGGAUCCCAAGACGGGUGAGGUUAAGGAUAUCGUCGUGGAUCGGGAUGAUGGUAUUCGCUACGGCACUACUGCCGAGUCUCUCGGCAAGAUCCGCGCUGCUUUCCCCCAGUGGCAGCCCAGUGCUACCACCGGUGGCAACGCUAGUCAGAUUACCGACGGUGCUGCGGCGCUCGUUCUGAUGAAGCGUUCGCAGGCGCAGAAGCUGGGUCAGCCUAUCGUUGGCAAGUUCUGUGGUGCUACCGUUGCCGGUCUGGAGCCUCGGAUUAUGGGUAUUGGCCCUUCCUUGGCUAUUCCUAAGAUUCUGGGCAAGUUUGGUCUGAGCAAGGAUGAGAUUGAUAUCUUUGAGAUUAACGAGGCUUUUGCUUCUAUGGGUGUUUACUGUGUCGGCAAGCUGGGUCUGGAUGAGAGCAAGGUGAACCCUCGUGGUGGUGCUAUUGCUUUCGGCCACCCCUUGGGUGCUACUGGCGCCCGCCAGGUUGUCACUGCCCUGGCUGAGCUGCGUCGCCAGGAUAAGCGGGUCGCUGUUACCUCGAUGUGUGUUGGAACUGGUAUGGGUAUGGCCGGUAUCUUUGUUUCCGAGCACUAA